AUGUUACAGGCUCAAUAUGUCCUAGCUGUUGAACGGUGGGUCUGUAGCGACGGGUACCUUAAUGACCACAGCAAUGGGUUUACGGUGGGGUCCAAGCAUCAGUCGCGACUUGCCGGACCUUGCGAAAGGACCAUUGUACAACAUCGCACAAUCAAUAACUGCUCUGAGCGUCAAACCACGAGCAAGAUCUGUGUCUUCUCAGACGAUUCCGAACGGUGUAUCGAAUGCCAAAACGCCCCCGGGCGACGUUGUACAGACCCUGUUGAGGACGAGGACACUGAUCGGUUCCAAGCUGCGCUAGACAGCGUCAAGAGCCAGAUUGACGAGAUUUUGUCCCACAAUCUCCCCAAUUCAGAUCUCUAUCGAUCACUGAAGGCCCGGCUGGAGCAAGAGAGUAAUGCCACAGCAGCGUAUACGGUGCACCUUGGCUCAACACCUCAGGAUCAGACGCAAUACGUCGCUCGUGUUGCCCAUACGAACAGCACAAACGAGGAGGUUCAAAAUUUUCAUCAGAGCCUCAUAGAUGACAAAGCAUACCAAGAACUCUUAGUACGUCGGCGAAUGAUGGAAGCAUGUCUCGGCGAGCUACUCAGUCGCCGACUCUUCUACUUUGACGAGCUCGAGGCACUUAUGGGACACCCGGAAAGGCGAGGGCUUAAAAGGGUCGAAUAA